AUGUCCGACGAAAUAUUUAUACAAAUAAUUGAGAAUGAGAAUAUUCAAGACAAGUCAACGAAGGACGUAUUGCUCAGAUUCCUUUGCAGCCACGAGUUGGAUAAAGCUGAUGGGCACAAGCUCAUUGAUCAAUUGGCAAAGAUUUCUCACAAUCCCCAGUAUUCAAAGAUUUUAUAUCAAUUGUUAAUGGAAUAUCCUGAUCAAGUUAUUAAAUGCUUUGAAAGAGUGAAUGACGAAGCAGCAAUUAUAAUCACCAACAUUUUAGGUGUCAAUAGUGAAUCUGAAGAGAUUAUGCAGAAGUUGUAUUCCAGCCUAAGAUGGAUUAUGAAAUCUGGUGUGAAUUUGCCAUUCUACUUGAAUGUAUAUAGCUCAUUGAUCACCCAUUCUAAAAUCACAAAUCCAGAGCAUUUAAACUUAUUUUUAACAUUUGUGAACGAACAAAAUGAAGAUGUUAACCGAGGGGUAUUGGUGUUGGUGAUACAGAACUUGCAACUACAAAAAAAGAAAACUUCAGACAUAAUAUCAGAUUAUCUAGAAAUGGUAAUGGAUGAAGAUGAUUUAAGUUACAACAACUUUGUUAAUUUUGUAUCUGUUCAAGCUAUGUGUUUUCCAAUUGCCCCUGAAAUAUGCGCUCCAAUAUACCAGCACGAUAGAACCAGAAACCAUUUGUUACAACGCAUAAACUAUAUUAUCAAGGGCGAGGACAUACCUUUAGCUAUACCGAUAUUGAAAUUAAUUGCAGCCUCAUGUAUUGUCGAGAAUUGUCGAAAUUAUACUGUUUCGAACUAUCUUAAGUUCUUGACACAGGGGUGCACAAUCAAUAAUGACCAAAUCCAGGUCAUUUCAAGUGUGACCAUCAGCAAACUAUUGAAAUUACUCGAAGUUGAAAAAAAAGAUACCGAGAUAAGUACACUUGAUUUAGCUGAAAUUUUGAUAAAUUACUUCAAACACGCUGAGGCUUUUGAUGAAUAUGUCGAGUUUUCCGUAGAAGGGUUAAUGUACUUGUCAUUGUAUUGGAAAGUAAGAGAGUUAAUUCGAAUGGAUGUGAGUUUAAUCAAACUAUUUCUUGCAAGACUUAAAGAGACAUCGACAGAUUCCACCACCAUUAAUACAUCAUUUCAAUAUGGUGUGUUGUCAAUUAUUUCAAAUUUAACAAAAACGAGAGAUGUGAAUGACAAAGAAUUAAAUUCCAACACAAGAUAUCGCUUAAAAACUGCAGCAAGUCCUAAAUAUGGAUCCAAUGAUGAAAAGGAAAACCAAGAAGGUAUCACUUUGUUCAACCGAGAACUACUUAACACCAAUAAAAUUAUAUCCAAAAUAGCAUCGUUAAAGUCUUACAAAUCAGGUUCGAACAAUUCACUUGCAGAAGUAAUCAAAAUUAUAUACCACUUGUCAAUAGAUCAAAUGAAACAGGGUCGAACAGAGUUGGUAAAACAAGGGGCAAUGACUAUUGUAUUAAACUAUCUAAUUAAUUUCAGUGAAAUGAAACGCCAAGGAAACUUAAUAACAGCUCUUCCCAAACCUAAGGAUGAAAUAGUUCAACAAUGCCGUACGUUUGCCAGUAGGUCUUUAGCUCGAAUGUUGAUUGUUGUUGAUCCUCAAACUGCAUUCACCAAGUACGAUUCAAGAGUUGCUAUACCAUUCUUAAAGGAAUUAUUAGGCCCAGAUAUAUCCCAAUAUCAAGGGGGCGACUCCGAUUCUUAUCUCCACGACAUGUCAUUAUUGGAUCACUUUGAAUGUUUGCUAGCGUUGACCAAUAUAGCAGCUACAGCCAAGCCAGAACUUAAACAUUAUAUGGUUACACAAUUAUUUGAUUCCUAUUUAGAUAAUUUCAUUAUUUCAGAAGACACCAAAAUUCGGAAAGCAAGCUGGGAAUUGAUUGCAAAUUUGAGCACAGAAAUCCCACUUUUGGUGAAAUUCUUCAACUGGGAUGCCGAGGCUGCCAGAAAACGAUUUGACUUAUCGAUGCAAUUGCUUCAAUCAGGUGAGGUGAAUUUACAGGCAACCAUUGCUAUUUAUUUGUUGCACUCUACGGAUAUUGAACCGCUAGCAGCACAGAUUGUCUCUGACGAUGACAAAUUCAAGACUCUCAUUGAUAUAUUGACGGACAUCUUUUCCACUCAACUGCAUGAAAAAAGCUUAAUUUUACCAAUGGAAUAUGUGCUAUUGAAUUUAGCGAUUGCUACUGCAAACCAUUCCGAAAAGAAUCUUUCCAGUUUAAGUACCAAUACGAGAUUGAAAAAUUGUUGCGGAAAUAUACUAAGAUCUGGCGGAGAAGAAGAACGAGAAGUAAUAAUCGAGGUAAUUAAAACAUGCCAAUUUAAAUAG